UUGUUUCACUUUCUUGGCAUGUUACCAUAGCAAUAUUUCACAACAUCCUAAAAGGGCAGGAAUCGCGCGUUAUGGAAAGGAAUGCAUGUGAAAACCGACGUUUGGCUUCUAAGUAUGAAUUUAAGGUUUGAAUAUCGACUAUAAAUUCCUCUAAGCGUUUAGUUCGAAUCGGUAGGAGCUUAUUAUGCAGGAUGAAAUAAGUUGCUAGGCUAAUUAGUUAGCUAGGUUAACUUCCUGUCUGAUGCGUCCUUCUAUACAGUUGUAAUUCACUCCGCUGCAAAGUUGUGUCAUUAUUAUCAGCACGGGCAUGGAAAGUUAGCACAUUAUAUAAUGAUAAAUAAUGACAGCUCUGGAAGAGGACCCGAAUGAUCUCCACUUGAGUUUUGACUGCGGUGAGAAUGCGAUAAAAUCUCCGAGCCGAGGCUCUGUGUGUCGAGGUGCAGAUUCUGCAGAGCAUCAAAUGAAUCAUGACUCAUCCGACAUCCUUUAUCUAAGCAGACAGAAGCUGAAGGUCAUACCAGACUGUGUGUGCAAGUACACUCCGCUCAAGAAUUUGUAUCUUGAAGGAAAUGAGUUGUCCAGUCUCCCAGACAAUCUGUUCAGCAGUCUGCCACAUUUGCUUUGGCUGGACCUGAGAAAUAACCAGCUCACGUGUCUUCCUGUUGAUAUCGGUCAGCACAGAUGCUUGAAAACGUUGCUGCUGGAGGGGAACCCUAUUACAGAACUUCCAGUAGAGUUAGGUAAUAUGAUCACACUACGAGCUCUGAGCCUGAGGAACUGUCCCAUCUCGUUCCCGCCGCAGGAAGUGCUACAGCAGGGUCUCGCACACAUCCUGCAGUUCCUGCGUCGCACAGCCGUGGCUCAGCGGCCCCUCAGCGUUCACAGCGCACACACAGCUUCAGACAUGCCUGCUGUGGAGAAGUUGCCGCUGUCCAAGAUUCUCCAGUCUAGCCUGGAUCUGUCUGAAGUGGAUGACAACGAGGUCCAGCGCUUCAAGGAGCUCAGGCAGCAAAUGAUCCAGAUGGACAGGGCAGAUCUUGGGUACAUCACACCGGUCAUUUUGCCACAACACCAUCUAAGAGCAGCAGAGGGCGACAGAUCUCACAGAACUCAUCCCCCAUCCAUCAACAGGGCCCAAGAGUUAACAAGAGGAAUGUUCCCAGAGCUUCCUCCAUCUGAUGUGCAGAACUGGAAGAGAUCAGAGGAGAGAAGACUGACUGCCAUGAGGGAGUUCAAGGAGAAACAAGCCUUACUAGAACAAAAAAGAAAAAAUAAGGAGUUGCUGCAGGAGUGGAGAAACCAGGCCAAGAUCAUGCAGGAGAGGAAAAUACUGGAACACAAGCAGGACAGGAGUGAGAGACUUCGGAAAGAAGAGAAUGCUGCUGACUCCACCAAUAAUCCAAAUGACACUGGCGAGGCUCUGAAUGACGACUCACACAGAGAAGCCCAUAAAACUCAACAGACGUCAUUAAGAACCCACAAGGAAACAGAGGAGGCCAGGGAGGCAAGGGACCGAGAGCUUGAGCAGCGCAUCAGGACUCAUGUUCAGAUGAUGCAGCAGAGACGCAGAAGACCCAGAGGUUCACCUGCGGAGGAGGCAAAGGCAGCUACUCAGGAGAUGGAGGAGGUAAAACAGCUGCAGAUGGAGCUCGCAGAAAGGAAACGGGUGAAAGAUCUGGAGUAUCGUUUGAGUGCCUUCACUGGGGAAAGUGCUUAUGAUAAAUAACAUGACUUGACCCAUAUUUUGUGAGAAAUAUCCUGCUAGCACCUGUACAGGCUGAGGUAUUACAAGCCAUCAUAGUGUAAUGUGUAAAAGUGGAGGGUGCACUGGAUAUUAUUUCAUCACUGUGUAAGUCUUGAUAAAGAUGGUGAGUUUGACCAGG